AUGUUAGCCAUCACAGAAACGCCCCGUCCUCGUCCCCCAGCAAAGAUGCGCCAGCGUUCCAAUCCGAAUCUCACGACUCCUCCACCGGCAUACGGUACAACCUUCGGCUCGCCUCCAACGAAUGAUGAUUUGCAUGUUGCAUCCAAGUUUUUGGAACCCCCUAUGUCGGGAACUUGGUGGGACCUACAACCGCCAGCCGAUCACUUGGAGCAAAGUCAGCCACCACGAUCACCCAUAGUUCCCUCCAACUCGUUGAGCGACGAUUUCAGAGACGAGCUUGAGAAGUCUCGAGAAGAGAUUGUAGGGCUAUUAAUCAAAGCGGAUGAUAUUAUUAAGGAACGCGAGAACGUGUGCAAAACCCUCUACCAGAACAACGUCGCCCUCAAAUCCAAGCACCAAGCUUUGUUAGCCCGUCUACCGUCCAUGUCUCCUUGCGGCUCCACGUCGUCACCUGCGGGGUUAUCUCGCCUCGCGUCGGAGAAUAGCACCAUCAGCUACUCGUCCUCAGACUCUGCCAUCAAUUUCAACACGACGCCCCCCACCACGAUUUUUAGGGGCCACACGCGAAAAGUGUCCAUGUCGACGGCGGAUAUAUCUCUUCUUGCGGACCAGAAUGCUGAGCUCCUGCAUAAACUGGAGAAAUUGGAGUCGGAAUCGACGACGGCUGAUCAGGCUGGGAGGAGGGAGUUGAAGAGGUUGGAAAAGGAGAUUAUGGUUCUUCGUGAGGCGUUGGAGAAGACGCAGGCGAAGAGUGAGGAGCUGGAGGAGAAGACGAAGACUGGGUUUGGGUGGGGCGCGGAAAAAGUUGUUGAGGAGGUUUGGAGGAAGAAGAAGGAGAGGGAAGCCAAGUUUAGGGCGAUGCGUAAUCUUGGACGAGAUUAUACAUCGGAGGAAGAUGUUGCGGAACCUGGGGUACGGAACUUUGCGCCUGAGGGUUCCAGGUUUGGGGGCCCGUCUGGGUCGUACUCGUUCUUCCCGGCUACGCCAAGCCCCUUUCCACGGCACGCUAAAUCCAACUCGUUAGGUGGCGGGCUUUUUGCGAAGAGCAGUGGCCUGGGCGAGAUCAAUCCUGGUUUUUAUCGGACCAUGUCGCAUCCAGAGCAUACCCUCAUUUCUCAGCUGCUUUCUAAAGUACAGGAACUCGAAGAGACGAAUUCGAAGAUUUUGAACCAGCAGGAAGAGACGGCCAAUCAAUUACAAGCUGUUCAGCGAGACACGGAACACAUUAGCAAGGUCUACGAAUGCCUCGUCGAUCCUAACAACGUGGAACUCGAACUAAUGGAAGCCAAUGCGAAAGGCAAGGCCGAUGUUUCCACGGCUGAUACCAUUAGGUUCAGGAGUUUACGACGAAAUAUCGAGACCCAGUUGUCAAAUGGACGAUCUGUCGCUGUAAACACGACAAAAACGCGUCGUUCUGUCGUUGGUUUGUUUGAGGACCCUCGUCAACAUACACCCGCAGACCUUGAUGCCAGCAAGUCGCCAAACUUCCCUGUUCCGUUCCCUUCGUCUCCUUGGAGCGAAGGCCGUCAUCUCUCGUCCUGGUCAAGAAAGAGUACUGGUCUCGCUUCUCCAGCACUCUCUUCUCUCAGCUUUUGCGAGCAGGCUUCACCUGUAAGCUCCCGCCCUACACUCGAAAGCGAGCUCGGAAACGAAUUUUUGAAUAAUUGGGGCGAAGGAGCGGGUAACCUUCAUCUGAGGACUACAAGUCUAUACGAUCUUUCCCAACUCUCCGUUGCUCCCUCGCGCUCUCCUUCCCCAUCGCCCGUAUCUCCUUCGCCUAUAAGCCGAAAGCCUUUGCCCCCGAGUGAACCACCAGUGAAGGAAGCUCCUCUGUCCCCCGUUUCAUUAAUGAGCUGCGGUGGUGGUCUCCAGUUAUCGGUUGAACCGCCUACGCCGGAUAAUGCUCUUGAAAAGGAAGCGAGACGCGCGACGACUCCAAAGUCGCCAAGGCAACAACGCAUGUCCCAGACUCUGAGGUCGAGGACACAUCGGUGGGUUGAUGGCCGGUUUGGUGGGAAUUCGGUUUUGGCUGCUUCGAAAGACGUUGUUGGGCUAGGGCCAUCUUCUUCGGUGGGGUUGAUGACAAGCACUGUGCAGAAGAAAAAGCCCUCUCGAUUCGUUCCUAAGCAGAUAACGAGCGCCAUCGACACGAUGAUGGAGAACUUUGACGGGGCGCGUUCUGCGGCUGAGUCUUCUCCGCAAGAACAAGAACCAGAUACACCGCAAGCGAGUGACGACUCGGAUGACGCUGGACCUGACUCUCCUCAGUCAGAUCGUGGUGUCGACAACAACGAAUUCCAACUCCAAGCCAGUCCUCCUCCAAAGAAGAGAGGGAAGCCCGGGUUCGGGGCCUUACUUUUGGAAGUAUGGCUGUGGUUCCAGUUUGGUAUAAUCAUUCUCGUUUUCUUGUGGGCUAUGGCGAAGCGCGGACCCAAGGCUGUUCUUGCGGAAGGCGGAGGUGGGGAGCGUAAGAGGGCAGUUUCGACGAGACAUCGAUGA